AUGAUCACUCACAUCGUCCAAUUCCAGUUCAAAGCCUCUCUCGCCCCCGAAAAGGUCCAGGAGACAUGCGCUCAUCUCGUCUCCCUGAAAGAGAAGUGUCUACAUCCUACCACUCAGCAGCCCUACAUCAAGUCAUUCAAAGCGGGAAAGCAGGAUUCGCCGGAGGGUAACAAUAAUGGAAUCACCCAUGUAUUCGUCAUGGAGUUUGAGUCCGAUCAGGACAGAGAGUAUUAUCUCACCAAAGACCCCGCGCAUCUAGGCUUCGUCAAGACCCUGGAUGGUCUGAUCGAAAAGUCCCAAGUGGUCGACUUCACUGAGGGGGUCUUCUAA